ACACAAAACAACAAAGACCGACCAAGUCCAAUACCAUCUCGAGGCGCAUCCCCGGCACCCUCAGAUACCUUCACAGGGUCCAAGAGAAAUUGACCGGAUGAUGAAGAUGUCUUCUACGGGGAACCGACAGGCUGGUCAGAGCAGAUGGAGGAAGAUGAUGGCCAGAGACGUGCAGCAUUACUGCGGGAACACCUGGAGAACACGAUCGAAGCAGCGAGACAAUACGCAAGCAACAGAACGAUGUCAAGUGAAGAAGGACUAGGCGAACUAGCACAGACCCUCAUAUACGAACUAACAACGUUUGUAUCGCCCGAGAAGACGCUCAGCACCGAACUAAUGAUUCGGCGAGUAUACAACAAGCAGGAGAAGAUGGAGAAGAAAAUGGAACAGUUCGAGGGCAUGCAGAUAGGACUUGAUAGAAGGGAGAGGAAGAGUAGUGAAGAGCAGAUGGAACAAGUACGUGCAUCCUUGCCCAUACAAGACUAUGCUGCUAUCACCGCCACCACACCCAGGGGUGGAAAUACAGCAAAAGCGCCGACACUGCGGUAUGCUGCGAAGCCAGCAAGACCAGUAAAGCCAACAGCACAGACCAACACAACCACGACAAAGCCGGUGAACCCAAACAAGGUGUACAACCCAUGUCGCAUGGUGGUACGGGCCCUCGAAUUACCGAUAGACUACGAGAGGCCAAGACCCGAGAUGGUGGCCAUCAGGGUGAACGAGGAACUAGCCAAGCAUGAGGAGACGAAGGCGUUUGUGGUUGUCCAUGUACGAUUCAAUGCGAAUAACAGCUGCAUACUAAAUCUACGGAGUGACCAGCAAGCGACAGACUUAGAACCUCACACCAACAUCUUCAAACAUGUGGUGUUCCCAGGACGCGAGACAGUCGAAGCAUACCCUGAUGAGAAAUGGUUCUCAGUACACAUCUGCGGCGUCAGGACUGGAAUAAUCGAUGGGCCAGAUGGCGACGGAAUACGAUCAGCUGAAGAAGUCAGGCGAGAGCUCAUGGCAAAGAACCCCGACCUUCGUGGAAGGACUAUCAGAGCAUUCCGCUGGGUAAGACCCGAGGGGAAACUGCUGGAGGAAGGAAAGUACGCAUCGUCGGUGGUGGUAUCUUUUGAGAAAGAAGAGGAUGCAAGGUACAUGACCGAGGAGAGGAGGAACGUAUCGUUAUACUGGGUGUCAUCUAUUGUGAAGGAAUUUACAGAUAAACCUCCGGUAAUUCAAUGCCGAGGGAUGCCAGGGAUUUCACCGAAAAGCAGUUUGCAAAGUCGCGGCCAAGUGCCGACUAUGUGCAGAAGACCACCACGAGAACGACCAUGCAGAGAGGUGCUCACGGUGCAUACAAGCAAGAGUAGCAGCAGCAGAAAAAGGAGAGACAGCACCGACAUGCACACAUAGGAGAUGCGCAAACUGCAAAGACAGCGAACAGGCGAACCAUGCAGCAAACGACCGCUCAUGCCCGGUACGGAUAUGUCGACUGGGGGAUUAUAGAGACCCCAGGCCAUCACGUCCAGUAGGAAACAUCGGGACGGCAAACGGGGGCUGGCAAAAAGUUACGCGCAAGCGAAAAGGAAAAAAGCAAAUGAACCCUGCUACAGAGCCUGG